ACUACCAACACCUACACCUCUUCAUCGACAACAAAGGGGAAGAAAAUAUUUUUCCAUACUCCUUCCAGAUUUCUAACCUGAUUGUGUUUUUUUCUUUUCCCUGUUUUUGUUCAUUUGCUUUUCUAGUCAGAAGGCCUUUAGGCAAAGAACAAAAAAGACAAGAUGAUCGCUCUGUUUUCCUUGACAUUGUUGGUCUUUGCAAGCAGUCUGCAUGUCGAAGCACAAGAUAGUGGAUCAAGGAUCAAGGUCUACGCCAACAGAGGUGACAAUAUCACUCUGCCCUGCAGACUGGAGGGUCUGUCCAGUUUGUUCGGAAACAGAAUCAAGUGGACCAAACUUGAGGAUGACUCUACAGAAACCGAUGUGUUCAUCUCCAUGGGGCUUCACCAGAGAAGCUACGGAAAUUUCCAGAACCGCGUUUACAUGUUGGAGAUGGAUGACAACGAUGCUACUUUAGUUGUUACAAACCUAGAUCUGAACGACUAUGGCACAUACAAAUGUGAGAUCAUCAAUGGUAUGAACGACAAGACUGUUGAAGUGGACCUUGAAUUGCAAGGGGAAGAUUCACUUUCUUUCACAGGGGUUGUUUUCCCAUACUCCCCUCGUCUGGGGCGGUACAACCUCAACUUCCAAGACGCAGAGGCCGCAUGUUUGGAGCAGGACGCUGUGGUCGCCUCCUUCGAGCAGCUCUAUGAGGAAUGGAGAAAUGGGAUGGAUUGGUGCAAUGCCGGCUGGCUCAAUGACGGAACCGUGCAGUAUCCCAUCACCAAACCCAGAGAGCCCUGCGGAGGCGCGAGGACCUCAGCCGGACUGAGAACCUAUGGCCGACAAGACAAGUCCAACAAACGCUAUGAUGUGUUCUGCUUCACAGCCAGCCUUAAAGGACGCUUUUACUACUUGAUCCAGCCCAAGAGGCUGAACUUUGAUGAGGCUGUUGACGCGUGUAAGAGAGAUGGAGCUGAGAUCGCGAAGGUGGGCCAUAUAUACGCUGCCUGGAAGCUGCUGGGAUACGAUCGUUGUGAUGCCGGUUGGCUGGCCGACGGUAGCGUUCGUUACCCUAUCUCCAGGCCCAGGAACAACUGUAGUCCCACGGAGGCUGCGGUUCGCUUUGUUGGCUUCCCUGACAAAAAGCAGAAGCUGUAUGGAGUGUACUGCUACAAACCUCAGCCAUGAAGCGCUUCAUGUCACGUCGCCAACCAAAGAGCAGCAUUACACAGGUUUCUACAUCCAAACUUACUAAGGACUUUUUGCAUGAACUAGCCAUAACUGUGACAAUUAUAGAAAGGAUACUGUAAAAAACAGUUUCAUACUGCAACAUUCUGAAUAUUAAUAUAAACAGUUAUUGUACCUAUCAUUUACAAUUUAUAUAGAUUUGUACACCAUAUGUAUAAACAACAAAGCGACGAGAAUAACACAAAUUGCAUUCAUGAAGGAUAUUUAGCUGGAAGGAAAGUUAAAGUCACAUCAUUUUGAUCAAAACCCCUUUUAAAUAUAAGUGUGUCAAGGAUCUCCAUUGUGAUAUUGCAAUAACAUAUUUAAAUAAUAUUGAACAGUAUAAACUUGACAGAAAGUUUUUGAAACUUUUGAAACUGAAAUACAAAAUGGACCUGACACCUUUCUUUUCCUAAAAACUUGUGUGAUCUUACUCAAAUGCUGAUUUCUUUAAAACUAUGUAUUUUUGGUAUUUCACGUGUUGGUGUAUUAUCCAAUGCUCUGAACUGUGAUCUUAUGUUAUCUGUUUGAAAUAUCAAUUGAAUGUCUUUGGCCCUUAGUUUUACAAUUCUUUAUAAUAACUAUAUGAAUAUACUUUAUAUUCAUCCAUUAUUUCAUUGUAACAUUCAUUCCUCAUGUCUACCCUUUUUAAAAAAUGUGUAUUUUCUAUUUUUCUUAUUCUUGUUUAAAUGUGUUUGUCCCUGCAUAUAUUUUCACAAGUAUUUCAUCACAGACAGAGACAGAAUUUGACAAACUGCUGAUGAUGCAUUGAACUUCGUUAUAUGGCAGAGAACUACAAACAGAAUUUACACUGAGAGAUUCUUUGAGGACCAGUUUUAUAUUCAACGUUUCACGACUAGCUUGAGCCCAACUGCUUAAGUGUAGAUAUGAAUAAGUCUCAAAUGAAUGAUAUUGUAAUUCCACUGUUCUCUGCGAAAAGAGGAACAGCACUAAAAGCCAUAUAGAAAAUCGUGUCCAAGUUUGAACAGUAACAUUGGAAUGUUGUGACUUCAGAUAAUGAGAUCUGUUUACUGAUGAACGUAACAUCUAUUACUUGCCACUUUGUAUUGAAAUAUGUUUAUGGGAGGGGAAAAUAUUCUCCACUUAUAACUUUGCUUUGAACUGCAGAAGCCACAGUGCACAUAAGUUUGUCUUUUUUAUGCACAAAAUAUCUUUUCUUUUUUGAAAAAUCUGAAACGCAUUGUAUGGUUUAUGAAUCAAAUUUUAAAUGAAAAAUAAAACCCAUAAAAAUGAAA